AUGUCAUUAAAAUUUUUCCUGAUAUUAUUCAUAGUGUCCGCCGCCGAUUCUAUAAAUCGACCUGUAUACAAAAUUGUUUUAGCCCAAAAAGGAUACACGCAGUUUCUCCAGUAUGAUAUCGAAACUCCACCUAUAAGAGAAUUCACUUUCUGUACUUGGAUUCGUGUUUCUGACUUCUCCAAUGAUCAGUCCUUGUUUACUUAUGUUGCGAACGGUAAUAACCGAUUGGUAAGGCUAUGGCUGGACACCGGUGGUAAGCACAUAAACGUUGCCAUUAAUGACAAGAAGUCAUCGAGUGUCUUUGUCAAUAUGACAAGUGAUAUAUGGCGACACGUCUGUUUUUCUUAUCAAUCAGACUAUGGAGCUUGGGCGCUUUAUCUCGAUGGACGACUAGCACAUUGCGAGACAGCGCAAAGUCUCUAUGGUUAUGUAUUACCAGCUGGUGGCAGUGUGAUUAUUGGUUAUGGGACAGGUGCUAAUGGUACACCCAAUGGAUUUGAAGGUGAAGUUUUUGGAGUCAAUAUGAUACUGACGUCGACUAUAGAAAGAAAUUAUACAAUAAAAAGAGAUCCACAUUAUCGUCAGAAAGGUUUUCGCAAAAAUAGAGUCGACCCCAACAGUAAUAUAAAAUACAUUGUGCUAGAUCAUGAAACUAUGGAAGAAUCAACUUCCACAACUAGGCCGCAAAAUUCUUUCUUUAUAAACAAAAACAAUAACUUUGGCAAAACAAAACAUCCUUAUACUUUAACAGAACACGGUGAUAAAUACCAUGGUAGUGACGAGACAACAGAAACUACUGAUUUCUCAAAUGAAAAGGAGAUAAUUGAUUUGCCUCCGAAUAAUAAGAAACGUUUGGACACCGAUAACGACCAUAUUAGCUUUUGGAAUCUUGUAAAUAGUGCUGGAAGAGUGGAGAGAAAAAAAAUCAAAAGUACUGAACUCUUUAGUUCCGAUACGAAAGAUCUCUCCCCUGUAUCGCAGUUUGAAACACCCCCACCUCCUAUUUCAUUUCAUUUUAAGCCUAGGCAACCGUCACAGAUGUCUUUUUAUGAUUUAAAUGAAAAUAAAACUGGUAUAAAUAAAAAAAGUUUACCCAGCAGUAAAGGCUAUGAAGCACCAGAAAUAAACGUUCAACCUACUCCUGAUAAAAAUCACAAAGUUUACGGUCAGUGGACAAGUUCUAAAUUCGCUAAUAACGUUUUAAAUUAUAUAAAGAAGGCAAAUUUAAAACACAGAGAACAAAAGAAAAUUCCGUCCACGAUACCCCUUUUAAAACUAACGGAUUCAUUUCCAUACACUUCCGAAUUUAAAAUGUCUAAAGUUCGCCCUCAGCAUAUAUUUCAAAAGAGAAAGUUUAUUGAUACUCACAGUAUCAAAAAACGUGGUAUAUAUCCACCAAGAAAUGUAAAAAAUUACAUAAUGGAAGAUCACACUAGGAGACAACCAAAAUUUAUAAAAGUGACAAAUAAAGGUGAAGUUGAUCAAAGUAGCGAACAACGAUAUUACAGAAAUGUAGACAGUCACGUAUACAGUAAGAAGAUAUUUAGCACCAAAUUCGGUAAAACGCAAUCUUUUCCAAUGACUUCUAAAGUAAACAAGAAUCUUCCUUCUUUUGAUUUAUACAAAACCAGCAAUUUGAUGACUAUACUUCCGUUUUUAAAAUCAUCAGAAUAUUUUGUAGACGAAUAUGAUAAAAUAAAGUCUACUAGUGGGAAUGAUGUGAAUACAAAGAGUUUAUCCGAUGGCAAUAAGUGGCAUAACGUGAUGUCAUAUAAUAAUGAUUAUACACCGAGGAAAAUUGAUGUGAAAUCUGGAAAAAUUACUCCUAAUAAUGAUAUAGACGGAAGAAUAGCUGAUGCUAACAAAAGAAAUCCAUCUUUGAGAUUGAAGUAUAUGCCAGAUAAUCACAAGGUUGUGAAAAAUGUUGAUGAUGAUGCUAUUAUGGAAGGUAGAGCUCUAGCUUUAGAAAUUUCUAAUUCGUCUGACACGAAAUCUAAUUCUGUAUCUAUUUUAAAAUACAAUCACGGAUAUCUUCCCAAUCAACAGAAUCAGCAGAAUCUUAAUAAUAAAAUUCUAAAUAGCAAUUUAGAUUUAGACCAGAUGACUUUUGAUCAGCGUGUUAAAAUAGGUAGUACCCUAAACGAACGUCAAGCUAUUGGAAGUAAUAUGAGGCAAAUGAAAGAAAGCUCCGAAGAAGGUGAUGAAAACAUUUCCAAUGUAAAUAGAUAUAAAUCUAGUAGUGAAAAUGUUAGCAUACCUCCGCCACAGGGUUCAAAAAUAUGCAAAAACGUUGAAUUGUUUGACAGAUUCUUUUACAUCCAACCCGACGGGAGUGUCGAUGUUACGGAUAUAAUAUCUCCAGUAAAAGAAAAAAAUGUAGCAAUAGCAUUCAUAGUUCAGAACUAUAAAAAAUGUUCCACUAAAGAUUCUGAGUUUGAAACCAAUCCUUUACUUUUUAUCGAAUGGACUAAAACCCCAGUCAGGCUAUUUGGCGGCGCUUAUUCAAAACGGACUACAGAUCUAUGCGGGUUCUUUUGA